AGUGUAGUAUACGCUUCUGGAUGGAACGGUAGUCAAAAAUAAACGAUCCAACGAUACAGAUUUCUUGUUUGAGUUUGUUUGUGAGAACGAUUACGAAAAAAAUACCGACCCGUUGUGUGAACAAGUCGCAGUCGAUACAACAAUAGGAUCUUUUUUGGAACGUUGCAUUUUCGGGUUUUCGUUUGAAGAAUAAGGAGCAAGAAAACCAAACCACGAUUAAACACGAGAUGAAAAGAAAGGCAAAUUUUACCUUUUCUGACAACGAACAUUUUUAGUGCAGUCGCUUGGAAUUUCGCUGCAUCGGAUUUUAGCAAAAAUAAAAUAAAAAUAAAAACAGAAUUGCUCUGAUAGUAACAAGGAAAAAAAUUCUCUUUUCAAAAACUGUGACACGGAAUAUUGUCAACGUCUGUUUGAAAUAAGUUAAGUGUUUUAUUGACAUUUUAUGCUGAAUACUGAAAAUCAUUCGUACAUUGUUUCCAGUUUUGGAUUGAUUUGUGAACGGAGGGAGAAACAGCGAAAGCACACACGGAUUUUAUAUGCGUAUGCAUUGCACACGCUGAGUGUGAACUCUCUGUACCGAGUGAAAAAUAAACAUUUACUGAAAAUAAAAGAAAAAUGCAAAGCAUGUAAAGUCAAGUCAAACAAGAAACGAAUAUGGAAUCGACAGUGCGAUGGUAUCUUUAGUGUGUAUCAGUUUGCAAUUCAAAUCGCUGAUAAAACAGACAAAUAGGAGCGAGAAGAAAGCCACAUUAUUACCAAAGGGGUGCAUGUGAGUGAAAUUGAACAAAAGAAUACAAGAGGAAAAAAAGUUAUUUAUUAUACGCGAAUCACUGACAGAAAAAAAAGUGGGAGUGAACACAGAGAGACUGACUGUGAGAAAAACCGACAAACAAAAAGUUUUUAAAAGGAGUUUAUGAAAAAGCAGGUACGCGCUGUGUGUUUGUUUACAUAAAAAGGUGAAAUAAAACUUAGUGCACAAUUGAAUGCCGCAUAAAGACUAUUGACGCACCGUGAGACAGAAAGAAAAGGGAAACGCACCGCAAAAUCAACCGACUUAAAAUACAAAACAUAUCAUCAAUUUUCCAUCCGGAAUAUUUGGAUCAGAGGCGCGGGCACGCACAUAUACACUUAUACCAAGCCUCAAACGACUAACGAUCAAACCAUCGACCGAGUGAAACCAGUGCUGAACACCAGGGAUAAUUAGUGUGCUGAUUAUAAACAAUUGCGCGAGUCCGAAGCACGAGUACGGAUCGAAAAAGACGAAAACGCGUGGUUAAUUGCAAGGCAUCGCCAACUCUGUAACGAAGAACGCAAAAAUUAUCGUUUCAAAACUAUUAAAUGGGAAGUGAUUUAAAGCGUCUCUCUGCGCCGAGCGGUUUCAGUGUAGUCUACAUAGCACAAGCAAAAAACUAAAGUUGAUCUAUGACAUGAGAAACGAACCAAAGUUGCGGGGAGUGUUUGGAAAAUUGAAAAAUUGGAAAAUAGAAAAUUAUCGCUAAUUGCAAUUGACUGGUGCUCAAAAACCAAGAAGAAAUACAUCCAACGUACACGUUCUGAAAUAUAUAUUGAUUUGGGAACGGGGCUCAAAACGAAAGAUCCCAUCGAAAUACAGAGAGAACGACCAGAAGUCGAAGUUUUUAAGUGAAUAAACGAACUACAAAAACAAGCAAAGCGCUCACUUCGGGCAAACUGUUUGAUAGUUUCGCUUGCUGCCACUCACAACACAUGAUUAAGUGUAUGUGUGCAUAGUUUUCAUAAGUGCUAUUCCGUUGCUUUUGUUGAUUUUCUACGCCCGUACGUCCUGGUGUUUAUGUUGCUCCUUCUUCUUCUUCUUUUUUUCUAUAUUAUUCCAGCUCCUUUCUUACAUUUUAUAUAGAAUAGUAUAUCUUGAAUAGUUCAGACAUUUUCCCAUGCUCGAACAAACCAAGCAACCAUUCGCUGGAUCUGGUAAAUGUGUGUCUUUUCGUUUGUAUGAAAACCAGUGAACGAGAGAGAGAGAGAGUGGAAGCGGGAGGAAAACGAAAGAAAGCUUUCGAAGUGGUUGUUGUCAGUUUUCGAUGUAUUGAACGCGCCAUUUUAUAAAUGAAUAUUACGUAUUUUAUGCACGCUUUAACUACUAUGGGAUAUAAUAAGUAAUGAAUGCGGUGAGCUCAGGCGUUCGACUCACCAACAACAACAAAAUACACCCACACAUACCAUCGACAAAAGCAAACGGAGACUCGUAAAAUAGAGAAUGUUCUGUAUGUGCACGUGAAUGGUUGCGAAGGCAGCCAAACGACAGCAACAACCAGGAGAUCAAUAAAUCAAAAGAAUAAAAUAAUUGAAACUGAAAGCGAAAACUUCGGUUGGGAAAACUAGCAGCAACAGACGGAAACGAAUAGAAAUAAUAAACUGACUUGAAAAAGCAGCAGAAAAAAAAUCAACGGAGGGAAAGACAGACGAAGAACGAGAGAGCAAGUGUGAGAAGAAAGGAGGAAAAAAAGUGUGCGCGCCGCGCGCUUCGAAUAAAGUUAAGAGAAAACGACCGGAAGAGAAAUAUACGCGAUCUCCAUCAGCAUUUCUCUGAUUUCCCGUGCUAUAUGCUAUGCGGAGUGCACGUCUUUUAAGCUGCAAUCGUAUUUGAAUUAUUGUCGAAACGUGUAGAGCACCUACUGGAGCAGCAAGGAGAAAAAACGGAGAAGAAAGGACAUCUCGCAACGAUGACGAAUAUUAUGAUCAUUUAUUUUUUAACGACAUGUUGUAUUUUAAAAGACGCAUUUAGUUUGGAAUUGACAAAAAUCGUCAUACCCACGUACAAAUUUCAUGGCGAAGCGGCGUUGCUUGAAUGCCAAUACGAGCUGAAGAGCAGCAGUAGCAGCAGCCGAAAUUAUCACAACCGUUUCAGUAACAAUAAGGAUUACGGUCACAGAUCAAUACAUACAUCGAUAUCAGACGAUAACAAUGGAAUUGAUCACCUUCGAAAUAGAGACGAUGAUGGCAACGGCGGCGGUGCCGGAACCAUUGACGAUAUUUCGUCGGAUGAAGAGGAAACACUGUAUGCGGUGAAAUGGUACAAAGAUAAUGAGGAAUUUUAUCGCUACGUACCGAAGGCCAAUCCACCGCAACAAAGCUAUCGAGUGGAUGGUGUACGCGUUGAUCAUCAAUCAUCGAAUGACGUGAAAGUGAUGAUAAGACGGCUAAAUAUAAAAUCAAGUGGAGUCUACCGUUGUGAAAUAUCAGCCGAAGCACCGAAUUUUUCUUCCGUUGAAGGCGAAGGACGAAUGGAAGUAGUCUAUUUACCUCGAGAGGGUCCACACAUAAGUGGUGAACAAAGCCAAUAUCAAAUAGGUGAUACAUUAAAUAUCAAUUGCACAUCGGGCAAAUCGCAUCCUUCCAGCUCGAUACAAUGGUUCAUAAAUGAUAUAGCGGUGUACGAUUCAUCAGUGAUAGCGUAUCCACCGAUUGUGCACCAGCAUGGGUUGGUGACAACGGUUUUGGGUCUUCACAUGCAAUUGGAUAGUUCACAUUUUGAGGAUAGUUUGAUGCGUGUAAAAUGCUUGACAAGCAUAUCGCCGCUGAUACCAAUCCACAGUAUGGAGGGAAAUGCGGCCGAGGCGCGCGAAAGCGCAUACAGUGGAAAUGGGAAUGGCAACAGUAACGGCGACGGCAACAACAGCAAUAGGAAAACAAACCAUGCACAACGAAAGCCCCCGUUGACCGAUAGUCGAGAAGUUUUUUUGUUAGUUCGGAAUACGGCGGCCGAACAUCGUGCGGUAAGCAAGCCAAUGGCAUUUAGCUUAGUAAUGUUAUUAAUAUUGUUUAAGCAAUUUCUAGCGUAAUUUUCGUUUCCAUUAAUUAUGUAUUUUGAUUUGCUUUUAAUUCCAAUGAAAAUGUGUUUUCCUAAAGUAAAAAGUAAAAAAGAAAAGAAAGAAAAAA